GCUCAGCAUAGAUUCCUGCUGUUCCUCAGCUUUUCCUCUAAAGUCUUGGACCUUGAUUUCCAAAUGAAAUUCAAACUUUACUUUAACAGGACUUUGGACCACAGCACAAAGUUAAUGCAUCUUACAUGGGCUUAACUUGUCACAGGAGACAUCUGUUGAUUUUUUUGUUGUUGUUGUUGCUGUUGUUUAAUUAGCUGAUAAAUGUGAUGUUAUGAGUUUUUAUUAUUCAAUUUUUUCUGCAGUGCUCUAAUUUUCUCAGACGCUCAUUUGGGCGUUAAUUAUCUGUAAGCCAUCAUUGCUCAACAGAACACAGAACAUACUGAUCCUCACAUUAGCAGAAGAUAUGAGCAAUUCAGAAUGGCUUUCUCCAAACAACACUGAUUUCAUUCCCAGCCAAAUCCUCCCACAGAGGUUGCAUCAUCUCAAGGACAAACUACCUAAACACAGACUGAGGCGUAUGCAGAACAGUGCAGUGAGGAAUACUCCGACCUCUAUACAGAGGAAACUAACCAAGCACUACAAACCUUUGGCUCAGCCAAGGAUCAUCAGCUCCUCAAGACAAGAUUAACUAACAACGUACUUCUCAAGGACAAGGAAGACUCUUUUAAGGGUCAAAAUGUUUAUAUUUUAGACAGGGAAGGUGGAUGCUCUUAGAGAGUAAAAAAAAACAAAACAAAAAAAACAAAGUCAUUGACAACUAAUGAGUGACACCACUCAUCUAUAAAAGCACAUGGUAUAUCCUUGAGCCUACUCAGAAUCUUCAUUAUAUAAAUGUGAUAACUAGGGAAAUCUAUUAUUAACAGAUAUUGUUUUUUAAUGCAUAUAGCAGCCCAAUAAUCUUUAGUUUCAAUAAAAGGCCAAAUCUGAUCUAAGGUGUUUAUUUACACUGUAGAGAUGAGAUUUUUAAGAAAUCCUUGCCUAGAUGCUCUAUUCAAUCACAUUGCAUGUUCAAAGUAAAGACUGGUGGGAGCAAGUGGCGCAGAUUUUAAGGAUACAUCAUGGAGGCACAACUUUUAAGAUGUCUUGGAGAAAACUAAUGAAACUUUGCCAGUUGACAAAAAAUAUAAUGAGUCCCAAUGAGACAACAGUUCAUUCUCCUAAUUUCUAUGAGAGGAGAGAUUUUAAGCCCAGCCUGGAGUGAGAAGAAGUUUCUAAAAGAUAACCAUGCAACAGUAAGGUUUGGCGUCACCAGCUAUCUAGGAUAAGAACUGAAGACCAGUUGUUUUGUUUCAAACCUUUUUUUGAUUCAUAAUCAUCAAAAUCACAUUAAAGUGUUUUUUUGCACUAUGUCUAAUAAAUCUAUGAGUUAAAGUUUCUUAUGAGUGUCCAAUAUUCUAAUUCUAAAUAUUCUAAUUACCUAAGUUGUAACCCGUUUCCCUUUUCUUUCAUUCUUUUCAUGUGUAAUUUUUCCUUAAGUCAUUGACUUUUUUCCAUCCUUGUGUCCAACCUAAUUGCUAUUCUUUCUAGAACCGUCUUUCUUUAGUUUUAUUUCUCCUAUUUGUCCCCUGCCUGUUUUUCCUUCCCACCACCUGUGUAUACAUUAUGUUCAGCCUGCAUGUCUGUCAGCCCACUCUUCUUAUUUUCUUCCAUUCCUUUUUUGCAGGUUCCAUAUUUAAAGCCAUAAAGGGACAGUGUGUAACAAAUAUGCCAUCUUUAUUAGCAAAAAUAAAGUGUUGCUUUGUCAAUUUCACAUGUGUUGAAAAGCUUAUAACCUCACAUCAAAAAUAAAAGCAUUCUCAUAGUUUACAAAUAAAUAGCAGCUGAUUCACCCAGUUGAAGACCCAUGUUGUCAUUUUCUGUUUUAUUUUUUUAUUUCAUAGAUUAUUUUAGUUUUUUAUUUAUUUCAGCUGUUAGAUUAAACGUGAUUGUUAUCCUACACUGGACGUGCUCAAAUGCAACAAUUAGGAGCUGCUUUUUUUGCACUAAAUUCGUAUCAUCUAACGGGCAUAGGCUUUUUUUAGCUAUGUUUUCAGAGAAAUAUUACACUUUUCAUCGUUUAUUUUUGCAGAUUUGACAAGUGCUUUAGUUGUUGUUCUUACAAGCUUGACCAGUGUGCCACAUGUAAUUAAGCUAGUGCAUCACUAGGUGGGGGUAAACCUUGCACACUGCCCCUUUAAGCAUCUUUGGAGAUUUAUUUACGAAUAUGCUCCUCUUCUUUCUAUUAAUGUGUUAAUCUGUUUUUUUUCGUUUUUUUUUUUUUUUUUUUUUUAUCUUCAUCUUGAUGUUUUUAUUCCAGCAAUUUAACCCAAAUAUUUGAGAUUUUUUACUGCAGAAAGGUGUUCCCAAGCAGGUUUCUGUGGCUGAAGAGGAAACUCAGAGGAAGCAGCACUACAGGAUAAUUCAAGAGCUGCUGACAGAGUCAAAUCAUCUUAGAGAAGAACUCCAUAACCUGAGUUGUCUAAGACUGAUUAAAGCAGAAGAGAGGGGUAAAAAGCACAAGGAGCGACUCAAGGCACAGCAACUGAGCGAGCGCAUCCAGCAGGAGCUCAAAGAAAAAGAGCUGCUCAUCAUCGACCACAACAAGCUCAACAUGUUGCUCCAACACAGAGUAUCACAGUAUGCAAAACUCUAUAAUCAAUUCAAGGAAGAGAAGAAUAAGUAUGUGAGGCUAAAACAAAUUGCCUCACAGACAAUUUCGGAUUUGGGAGAGCAACUAAACAUCCUUGGGAACGAGAUGGAAAUUCAGCGCUCCAUCGCUGAUAGCAAGGACAGAUUAUUAACAAAAGCUCGUAUAAACGUCUCCAAUGGUUCCAAAACGAGGGAAAGACUGUGUAAUGAGAUAUCUAAGUUUACCUGCAAACGGCAUCAAAUCAGUCAAAAGUAUGAAGACAACAAACUGGAGCUAACUAAUCUCUCCCAAAUGAUCGAGUUCCAACAGAAUACCCUUCUGGGACUAAAGAAAGGGCUUGAAAAAGCCUCACAGAGACGCAUUAUUCUGGGAAUACAGCUCCUGGAACAGGAAAAAGUUUUGUUAAACUAUUGUGAGCAGACGAAGAACCUGGAGGCAGCCAUCACUAACAGAAACAUGGCAAUGGAGACCAUGGAGACUGACAUGAGAGAAUUGAAGAUAAAGAUUAAUGAGGAGAAGAGGCAAAUAGGCCUGAAGAAAGGGGACGGGAUCCUUAAGAGGAAGAUAGAAGAGGAGAUCACCAUGCUGCAGAUCGAGCUGUCAGAAGCCAGAAAAAAGACGCUGAAAAGUGUGAAUUGCACCCUUGAGUACAGGGAGCUAAAGGGCGAAGAUCUGCCAACUUCAGAACUAGUCAAGAAAAUGAAGCAGCUGGAGGUGAAUUUGGCGAAGCGUGAGAGUCAGCUGCUGGAAAAAGAACUCCUGGUGGAGCAAGUGACCCAGCUGUCAAAGUCACUGAGGGAGCAGGCGGAGAGCUGCAGGCUCCACAGUCUCUCUGUGGCAAAGAAGCUGAAUGAAACCCGCACAAACAUGAUUAACAUCAACCUUUCCUUGAUGGCUGCUUCUGCAGAGUUCUCCAUGAAGGAGGCGGUUGCUUUGUCUGAGCAGCAACAAAUCAAGGAAAAAGACUUGCAGUUGUCAGAAGCCAGAAAAUGGAUGCUGAAAAAUGAGAAUUGCACCCUUGAAUUCAGGGAGUCAAAGGUUGAAAACCUGCUAACUUCAGAACUGGAGGAGAAAAUGGACGAGCUGGAGGUGAAUGUGGCGGAGCGUGAGAGUCAGCUGCUGGAAAAAGGACUCCUGGUGGAGCAGGUGACCCAGCUGUCAGAGCCACCAGGGGAGCAAGCGGAGAGCUGCAGGCUCCCCAGUCUCUCUGUGGCAAAGAAAAUGGACAAGUGCCAGUGGGAGGCUGGUCAGGCAAUGCCACCAUAUCUCGACAUAGAGGAGGGGUAUAGGAGGAUGCUGAGAGACAAAAAGAGGAGGCAGAGGGAAAAGGAAGAAAAGAAGCUUGCUGAAGAAAGUAAGUGGAGAUUGCUGCCAAAUGGAGUUUACACCACGGCAGAAGCCAGACCCAACGCGUACAUUCCUGAGAACGACCUGCUCGGUCUGCCCAAACCCUUCGGACGCUUUCCACCCAUCAAACCCUGCCCAAAGGGGGCCUAUAUGAGGCAUUACCGCAAUCCAACAAUCAGACCCUGGGAGAUUUAGAAGGCAUCCCUACUCGUAUGCUGGAAAAGAAAUAAAAAUCUGCAAUGUUUAAAUCACUUUCUGAAUCUGGUUACAGUUGCUUUGUUUUCAUUUAUUUACUGGCAGUAUUUAAUCUUUACUUACAGCGCUGUCAGUGACAGGAUGACAAAGAGUUCAGGGGAAACAUGAGUGUGCUGUUACAUAAUGAUCCCCAGUAUGAUUUCAUAAUCACUGCACUGCCUAGCAACACGUCAGUGCCGCUCAGACCUCCUUUCCCUAUCAGAUUAAAUCUAUUUCUUAGAGUAUCCUUUCACAUACUUCAUUUUUGUUGUUGUUUCCCCCUUCAGGGUAGUAAUUCUGAAAAUAUUGCAAUGGGUUUAAGCUUUGCACUAGAAUCAGGAUAGCCCUGCAUAACGCUUAAAUAUGAUCAAUCUAGAGAGGAGGGGGAGGCAAUGAAAGAGCAUGAAGGAUGAUAAAGAGAGGAGAAUUUAAAUAAAGGGGAUGAAGCAUCUGAGAAGGCAGUAGAGGAGAUUCAAAGUAAAAAAAAAGAGGAUGAAAAGGAAGGCUGUAAAUUGUGAGGUUCAAAGUUGGACACUUUUCAGCAGAAAUAUUAAGUAUCUGACAAAUUUCUGGUAAAGCCAGCAAUUCCACAAAUUAAUGAGUGGAGGUCUUUGGUAGCUGAUGAAAGUUAAUUGAGUGUGUGGAAAGAAAAGCAGGAAACGCCUGAAACAGCUGGGGUGCAGCACGCUAACCCUGACUAGUGCUGCUCGCAGCAUGAGUCAACUUCCUAAGAAAAAACUCGGGAGACAAGAU